AUGGCUGUAGAGUUUAGAAUUCCUUUAAAGUUCAUUUUCAAGCAGGUGACCAAAGGCAGAUUUGUGUGCCAAACUCUAAGGACUGUGAACAGGAGGUCUGCUUGCGAAGAAUUUGAAUAUAACAAAGAAGGGCCUGACUAUAAUGGAGGUGAACUGUUGAGAAAACAGAAAAUUUUUCCUGAAUGCUUUUGGGAAGACUUUAAGGUAAACAUAAUAGGUAAAAGGGAUGAUUCACCAGUUCAUUUCUGUGACAAAUUUGAUUUUCCUAUUAAAAUCUGUGGGCACAUGAUUCCUUGCAAGAAUGCUUUUUGCUAUGACUGUGCUAACUUAUUGUUCCUGUGCUGCAAAUUGAGCAUGCACAGUUCUCUCUUCACGUGUAGCGCUGUCCAAGGAUGCAAGAGAACAUAUUUUUCUCAAAGAAACUUAUAAGCUCAUAUCAACCAUUGCCAUAGGAAAACUGAAAAACUUGUUACUUGUGCUCCACUGGAAAAGGUUCAUCCUUGUAUUUCCUCAUCAACAGCUGAUAGCCCUGUAAUGUUGCUGGUCAAGGACCAUAUUAUUGCUCAGGUGCCACCUUAUAUGAACUCUUCUCCUCCAGGAUCUCCUCUAUCUCAACAUGAUCACAAUCCUAACUUUUUACCCUAGUUAACUGAAGACCAAGAAACUCUGGGCCCUCCCUUUACACAACCAAAUGAAACAAAUCCUGGUAUAUGGCCUAUAUCAAAAGGAUUUUUACCUCCUCCACCAAUGCAAGGUCUACUUUCCCCAACCUCACUUCCUGGAUCAUAUAGUUCAGAUCAGACAAAAUACUGUACAGACCACAUUAACAAGGGAACUGAAGAGAUAAGGAGGAAAAAAGACUUAAAUAUAGUCAACCUUAUAAUUAAACUUUGA